UUUGUCUCUUCUCUCUACUAGCUCUUAACGCCUUCACUUCACUUUUAUCUAAUUCACUGCUUCUGCUUCUGCUUCCUCUAUCUCGUCGACAUUGAGUAAUGCCAAUAUCGACACUUGAGAGCUCGUUUUAGCUGACCCAAGUUGUAAGCGACCAAGAAUACACUAGUUUUUGAGAUUCUGGCUCUAGUAUCUUGAAUUCAAGGUAAUUCAAAAUGCAAAGCAUUCGAAAUUCCAUCUUGUGGCAUGUGACUGUGAGGAUGGGCUCUUCACCACAAAAAUUGAUGCUCGCUGAAAGAGGGAAUGUGCUUAAAUGUUUGAGUCGCCAUCUGUGUGCGUCAACAAACACUGAUCAAAUUUUGGACCGAGUGGUUGGACUGGUGAAGAAAUUUGAUAAAAUCGAGUCAUCUAAGGUUACCAAAACAGCUGAUUUCCAGAAGGACUUGAGCCUCGAUAGUUUGGACAGGGUGGAGCUUGUUAUGGCCUUUGAGGAAGAAUUCUCCAUUGAAAUCCCCGAGGAGAAAGCAGAUAAGCUCACCUGCUGCGCUGAUGUUGCAAGAUAUGUAGUUUCUGAAGCUGAGAAGAAGAGUGCUUAAAGUCGUGAGUCAGUUGUUUUUAUGUAUGAUGAACAAAUGUCUCUUAGGAUUUUUGUUAAUGUCAUUCCAUUAGUCUUAUCAUCUAACUUAAAAUGUUGGCAAAUCUCAAGGCUGGUUGAUAUCACAUCUCAUAUUGCCGAACUUAUAUGAUAUUCAUGACCCAAAGCUGUGGCAUAUACAACAAAAUAUGAGGUUUUUAGCUUUUACAUGCA